CUGUUCAGGGGUAGAACGACAGAUUUGUACAUUGUCAGCUCGGGGGUUUGAACUUGCAACCUUCCGGUUACUAGUCCAACGCUCUAAUCACGAGACUACCCUGCCGCCCCGUGAUGUACUGUUACACCAUGUAGGAGCAGUAUAUACCUACAGUAGGUUGCUACUUAUUUACAUUUUGUAUGAAACUGCCUUACAUGUGCUGUAGUAAACAUGUUUUAUUCGCACUAAUCAAUCAAUACUUUCCUGUCUUUGUAUGUGUCAAUAUAAUAGUAUUAUUUAAUUAAAUUCAUUGAAAAUAAUCUUAGUCUGAAAAUAAAAUAUGAUCCUCAACUGCGUUUCCCCUCCAGUCAGCAGACGGUGAUGUGCGUCUUUCAGGCGAUGCUGCCAGCGUGACGUAUAAUCUAGUGGACGAUUCUUUAGAAACAGCUCGACAACCACCUCGGUAGCUUGCUAGCCAACAUAGCCGAAAGAUUCAAGCUAUUUAUACGCUUUCGGUGUAUAUUAGGUACUGUGUGGUACACACACUUCUGUCGUAUCUACUUGUUAACCUAUUUAAUAUAAUAUUACGUUAUUUUGUAUUAGUCAGCUAUAGUAGCUGGCUGGUUAAGUUAGCACUAGCCUAGUCGCUAAUGAUAGCUAGCUAGCUAACAUCCCCGAACAUGAGCUCCCUAAACUUCUCCCCUCCUGUUAAAGAAGACGAGGUCUGCUGGACGGAGAAAGAAGCUCUGGGGCUGACCAUUGUCGUGAAAGAGGAGAAGGAAGAAGAGGAUGUCACAGUAAAAAAAGAAGUGGUGGGUGAGGCUGUUACUGUGAAUAAAAAGGAGAACGACGUUACAGUGAAAGAAGAGGAAGACGCGUUCAGAGUGAAAGAGGAGGAGGAUGUUACUGUGAAGGAAGAGGAUGCUGUUUUUGGAGUGAAAGAGGAAGGAGAGAUUACUGUCACAUUGAAAGAUGAAGAGGAGGAGAUAGAUCUGAUUAACACCAGAGAGAGACGGGACUACCAUGGGCCCUCUGGGGAGCCUCAACAACCGCAUGAUGCUGACAAGGCAGAGAAGAGUCUCUCCACAUUAGAACACCUCAAGAAACACCUGGAGAGAUCCACAGAGAAGAGAUCUCACCGCUGCUUUGACUGUGGGAAGAGUUACUCAAGAUCAAGUUCACUAAAGGUACACCAGAGAAUUCACACAAGUGAUAAAUCUCACUGCUGCUCUCACUGUGGGAGGAGUUUUACUCGGUCAUCCAGCCUGAUAUCACACCAGAGAACACACACAGGAGAGAAACCUUAUAGCUGUGCUCAAUGUUUGAAGAGUUUUGUUUCAUCUGGUGGCCUAACAGCACACCAGAGAACACACACAGGAGAGAGACCUUUUAGCUGUAAUCAAUGUGAGAAGAGUUUUACUCAGCUUAGCAGCCUGAUAUACCACCAGAGAAUACACACAGGAGAGAAACCUUAUAGCUGUGCUCAAUGUGGGAAGAGUUUUACUACCUCUAGCAAGCGGACAAGACACCAAAGAACACACACAGGUGAGAAACCUUAUAGCUGUAACCAAUGUGGGAAGAGUUUUGCUUCAUCUAGAGUUCUGACUGUACACCAGAGAACACACACAGGAGAGAAAUCCUUUAGCUGUAAUCAAUGUGGGAAGAGUUUUGUUUCAUCUGGCAGCUUGACAGCACACCAGAGAACACACACAGGAGAGAAACCUUUUAGCUGUGCUCAAUGUGGGAAGAGUUUUACUAAGUCGAGCAAUCUGACACGACACCAGAGAACACACACAGGAGAGAAACCUUGUAGCUGUAAUCAAUGUGGGAAGAGAUACUCUGAUAAAAGAUAUCUGAUUAAUCAUCAGAAAAUACAUGAAGGAGCUGUUUCAUGAUAUCAAUGAAUUAAUGUCACAAUGUAGAAUGUUUUAACAUUGUAGUAGGAUUAUUUUAAUGAUGUCACAAUGUUGAAACCAUAACGUUUGCUCCCUGUUCUAUUGAUUUCAGCAUGCUAUGGAUAUUAGCCUUUUAACAAAAAGAGUCGUUAUGCUAUUUACUAUGUUGGUGUCCAACUUGAAUCAAAAUGCAACAAUAUAAAAUGUAGCGAUCUGUUUUCUACAAAUUGUCUUCUAACCAGGGAUGUACACAUUAUUCCCAGAUUCCGUGUGGUUUUUGAGCUGUUAGUUUCAACAGGACGUGCAACCUCAUCUCCCUCCUCUCGGCACAAUUGAUUUCAAAAUGAUAUCGUUGAGUGAUGAAAAUAAGUGUUACGUUCCUUUGUUUAGUGACGCCUACAUUUAAAUGCAUCUCUCCGAAAUGUAGCUGACUGUCUACUGCAGGUUGUCCUCUAACCAGUGAGGUCAAAGAUAUCUCCCAUUUCAAUGUGUUCUUUUAGUUGUUCGUUUCCACAUCAUGUACAACCUGAUUUCCCCCCUAAUCGAUAUCAGUGAUUUAUUGCUACUUGUCAAAACAACAGCGUUUCUGGUGCUUGUGCAGUUUAUAAGGAGCUUGUUAUAAAAUACAAGUAAUAUGAUUAUUGUGGCAGAUGUUUGUGUAAAUGGCACAUUUUAUGUUUAGGCUUUCAAUUUGUCCCAAACUGUUUCUGAAUAUUGGUUAUUGAUUUGGACACGUUAAAACUGUGUUUUGACAUUGGGGCUCCACCAAGCAAAAUGUCAUUGACACUUUGCCCAAUGUUAAUAUUUGUUUGGUUGCUGUUUAAAAUGUGUAUUUUCGGGUCAUUUUUUAAAUUACUUUAAAACAACGUAAUUUCAAUGUACUUUCAGUAGCCGAGUGGUUAGAGCGUUGGACUAGUAACCGAAAGGAUCGAAUCCCCGAUCUGACAAGGUGCCUGAACAGGGCAGUUAACCCGCUGUUCCUGGGCCGUCAUUGUCGAUAAUAAUUUGUUCUUAAUUAACUGACUUGCCUAGUUAAAUAAAGAGUGGACUAGAGUUCUAGAAGCAUGUGAGUUUUCGGAUUCUAUAAAGAAAAAUGUGAAAAAAAUAAUACUAUUGUAUAUUAAUAUUUAGAAAUACCGGUUUUUAAUUGUUGACAGCCAGUAGAUGCCAUGUUUGUAUUGGUGAAGGUGAAGCAUUGUAGUUGUUUAUCAUGUGAAAUGGAAGUUGUUUUCUGUUGGUGGUGAGCAAACUCGUCCAUCAAAAAUGUAGGAUAUAUUUGUUGUAGAGGUUGACCGAUUAAUCGGAAUGGCCUAUUAUUUAGGGCCGAUUUCAAGUUUCCAUAACAAUCGGAAAUCAAAUAUUUUUGGCCGACGAUUUUUAAAAAUAUAAAUGUUGUAUUUUAUACCUUAAUUUAACUAGGCAAGUCAGUUAAGAACACAUUCUUAUUUUCAAUGAGGACCUAGGAACGGUGGGUUAACUGCCUUGUUCAGGGGUAGAACGACAGAUUUUCACCUUGUCAGCUCGGGGGAGACAAUCUUGCAACCUUACAGUUAACUAGUCCAACGCAAUAACGACCUGCCUCUCUCUUGUUGCGCUCCACAAGGAGACUGCCUGUUACGCGAAUGCAGUAAGCCAAGGUAAGUUGCUAGCUACCAUUAAACUUAUCUUAUAAAAAACAAUCACUAGUUAACUACACAUGGUUGAUGAUAUUACUAGAUAUUAUCUAGCGUGUCCUACGUUGCAUAUAAACUUACUGAAUAUACAAGUAUCUGACUGAGUGGUGGUAGGCAGAAGCAGGCGCGUAAACAUUCAUUCAAACAGCACUUUUGUGCAUUUUGCCAGCGGCUCUUCGUUGUGCGUGAAGCAUUGCGCUGUUUAUGACUUCAAGCCUAUCAACUCCCAAGAUGAGGCUGGUGUAACCGAAGUGAAAUGAAUAGCUAGUUAGCGUGCGCAAAUAGCGUUUCAAACGUCAUUCGCUCUGAGCCUUGGGGUGGUUGUUUCCCUUGCUCUGCAUGGGUAACGCUGCUUCGAUGGUGGCUGUUGUUGUUGUGUUGCUGGUUUGAGCCCAGGGAGGGUCGAGGAGAGGGACAGAAGCUUUACUCUUACACUGUCAAUACUAAAGUGCCUAUAAGAACACCCAAUAGUCAAAGGUUAAUGAAAUACAAAUGGUAUAGAGGGAAAUAGUGCUAUAAUUCCUAUAAUAACUACAACCUAAAACUUCUUACCUGGGAAUAUUGAAGACUCAUGUUGAAAGGAACCUCCAGCUUUCAUAUGUUCUGAGCAAGGAACUUAAACGUUAGCUUUUUUACGUGGCACAUAUUGCACUUUUACUUUCUUCUCCAACACUUUGUUUUUGCAUUAUUUACUUGAGGCUAAAUUGAUUUUAUUGAUGUAUUAUAUCAGGUUAAAAUAAGUGUUCAUUCAGUAUUGAUGUAAUUGUCAUUAUUACAAAUAAAUAAAUAAAAAAUCAUCCGAUUAAUCGGUCUCGGCUUUUUUGGUCCAAUAAUCGGUAUCGGCGUUGAAAUAUCAUAAUCGGUCGACCUCUAAUUUGUUGUCUUAAAGAGGAAGGUGUUACGGGCUUUGGUUUUUCCAUGUAUGUUUUGAGGUUGGACUUUAGGAUGCACUGAUUGGCGUCACCUCGUUAGUCAGUAUGUGUUACACUUGAGCUGGCUUGUCCAUCUCGUUAGUGGGAAGGUGUUUCACCUGAGCUGGUCCAGGUUCUAUUUAAGAGUGUCUGGCCCAGUGCUCCAGUUGUCUUGAUAGAUGUGGAGAGUCAACAACUUUAGUUGCACCACCUUUUUGGUUUACUUCCUGUCUUUAAGUUUGGUGUGUGUUUUUCUUUUGUUUGCCUCUUCUUGAGCAGAUUUAGUGGGUCUCUUAGGUUCCAGUUGUUGUUACUAGUCAAUUUUCAGUGGACACCCUCAGUGUCUUUCAGAACCCCUCCUAAAAAACAAGCUUAUAUUUUGGGUUGGAUAUUGCAUCCAAUUAAUAUUUUAAUCAAUGGAAUUUCCAUAGGGUGCUCAUUAGUCUUCUGUUUGCGGUGUACUAAAUAUUUGUUUUUUUCCUGUGAAGCCAUUGUGUUGCAUCCAUGUCUGAAAUGUGCUGUAUAAAUAAAGCUUGAUUUGAUUUCAACAACAAAAUGUUAUUUUUUAUUUCACCUUUAUUUAACCAGGUAGGCCAUUUGAGAACAAGUUCUAAUUUACAACUGCGACCUGGCCAAGAUAAAGCAAAGCAGUGCGACAAAACAACAGUUACACAUGGAAUAAACAAAAGUACAGUCAAUAACACAACAGAAAUAUAUAUAUAUACAGUGUGUGUAAAUGGAGUAAGGAGGUAAGGCAAUAAAUAGGCCAUAGUGGUGAAAUAAUUACAAUUUAGCAAUUAAACACUGGAGUGAUAGAUGUGCAAGGACAGAUACUGGGGUUCAAAGGAGCAAAAAUAAAUAACAAUACGGGGAUGAGGUAGAUGGGUGUGGCUAUUUACAGAUGGGCAAUGAUCAGUAAGCUGCUCUGACAGCUGAUGCUUAAAGUUAGUGAUGGAGAUAUAUAUAUGAACCCAAUGACUGACUGUUGGAGGAAAUUAUAGUUGAAAUGAUUAAUUAUGUUUACAUUUUUAUUAGAACCAUUAAGUUUUAAUACUAUAUUACUAUAUUUAAUAUUAUGUUAUGGUAUGAAAUGUAUGUUUUUUUUUUGUUAAACUAGGACUGAAAUUGUAGGUAAAACGAAUGAAUUGUCUGUACCUUGCGGGUUUAAGGGAGAAGGGGGCUAUGUCAUUCUGACAGAUAAGAAUGUUCUUUCUUUCCAUUAGUGGAGGAGAAAAUGUCUUUUAGACAGAUUGGAAGGUUUGCUUUAUGAGGGGAGUAGGAGACAAUCUCCAGACCUGAAGACACUGCGUGCGCUAUUGUGUGGAUCGGAGAGACUGUGAGAAACUGAUGACGUCAUUUUUAUCUUCUCUCUUUAAAAUGUAAUGUUCUUUGUA